UACGACAUUUCUAAAAUUUCAAAAGAUGUCUUCUUUCAUAUAUUAGGAACCAGUGUACUAUAUAAACAGAAAAGACGGGAAUGAGGAGACAGAUAUAGGGUUCCCUUAAUUCACAAUAGACUCUCAAUUUCUUCUUCUUUCUAUUAAAACAUCACAACAAGAUUUCUCUCGUCACCCAUUCGCACCAGUAAUCACCUCAAAAUCCCCCUACAUGCCCCUCUUCAUCUCCGACGAUGAGCUGUCGCGGCUCUCCAAUGAUGCCGCAGCGGUGGCGGAGAGGGCCGAUGCCUUCAUAAGGGAGCUAUACGGAGAGCUGGAGACGGCGAAGGCCAAGGCCGAUGCCGCCGCCAUCACUGCUGAGCAAACCUGCUCACUUCUAGAGCAGAAGUUCCUCUCCAUCUCUGGGGAGUUGUCGGACCUCCAGUCUCAAAACGCACAGCUUCAAUCUUCUCUGGAUGAGAGACACGCCGACCUCGCCCAGGCUCAGGCUCAGAAGCAUCAACUCCAAAUCCAAACCAUUGGAAAAGAUGGAGAGAUUGAGAGGUUAACGACGGAGGUGUCGGAGCUACAUAAGUCGAAGAGGCAGUUGCUUGAGAUGAUUGAACAGAAAGAUUCGGAGAUUGCUGAUAAGAACGCUACUAUUAAGGCCUAUCUUGAUAAGAUUGUUAACUUGACCGACAACUCUGCCCACAAAGAGGCUCGAUUAAGUGAAACCGAGGCUGAGUUGGUUCGAGUACAGGCUACUUGCACACGUCUUUCUCAGGAAAAGGAGCUUAUCGAGAGGCACAAUGCUUGGCUUAACGAGGAGUUGACUGCCAAAGUUGACAAUCUUACUCAGAUUCGUAGAACACAUGCUGAACUUGAAGCUGAUAUGUCUACUAGGCUUGCUGAUGUCGAGAAGCAAUACAAUGAAUGCUCCAGCUCCUUAAAUUGGCAGAAGGAAAGAACAAAGGAACUAGAAACUAAGCUGACAUCUCUACAGGAGGAAUUGUGCUCAUCGAAAGAGGUUGCUACAUCCAAUGAGGAGAGGUUCUCUGAUGAACUAUCAAUUGCAAAUAAGCUUGUUGAGUUAUAUAAGGAAAGUUCAGAGGAAUGGUCCAAAAAGGCUGGGGAGCUUGAGGGAGCUAUAAAAGCUUUAGAAAUGCACCUUGGUCAAGUUCAAGAUGAUUACAAAGAUAGGCUUGAGAAGGAAGCAUCUGCCAAGAAACAGGUUGAAAAGGAGAUGGCGGAUCUGAAAGACGAGCUUGAGAAGUGCAAAGCUGAAAUCGAAGCUGGUAGGAAAGCGAAUGAGAUGAAUCUACUUCCACUUGGCAAUUUUACAUCAGAAGCAUGGAUUAGUUCAUAUGAUGCUAAUAACAUGGUUGAGGAUAAUCAUGCGCUUGUCCCAAAGAUCCCAGUUGGGGUUUCUGGAACGGCACUUGCUGCUUCUCUUCUCCGUGAUGGCUGGAGCCUGGCUAAAAUGUAUGCAAAAUAUCAAGAGGCUGUUGAUGCUCUUCGACAUGAGCAAUUGGGAAGGAAGGAAUCUGAAUCAAUAUUGCAACGGGUGCUACGCGAAAUAGAAGAGAAAGCAGUAGUCAUUAUGGAUGAAAGAGCUGAGCAUGAGAGAUUGCUUGAGGCAUACACUGUGAUCAACCAAAAAUUGCAGAAUUUCACAUCAGAUCGCACAAAUCUAGAGAAAGCAAUACAGGAAUUGAAGGUUGAUUUGAGGAGGCAUGAACGAGACAAUUCCUUGGCUCAAAAGGAGAUUGCUGAUCUUCAAAAGCAGGUGACGGUUCUUCUUAAGGAGUGCCGUGACAUACAACUACGUUGUGGGUCUCUUGGGCAAGAUUUUGCAGGUGGUGAUGCAACUGUUGCUGCUGCUGAUAUGAGUCUGGAGCCUAAUGCUGACAAAGUUAUAUCAGAAUUGACAUUCAAGGAUAUAACUGGCUUAGUCGAGCAGAAUGUCCAACUUAGGAGCCUUGUGCAUGAUCUUUCUGAUCAGAUCGAAAGUAAAGAGAUGGAGUUCAAGGAAAAACUGGAGUUGGAGCUGAAAAAACAAACUGAUGAAGCGGCAUCGAAAGUUGCUGUAGUGUUACAAAGAGCUGAAGAGCAAGGGCGGAUGAUUGAAUCACUGCAUACCUCUGUUGCAAUGUACAAAAAGUUAUAUGAGGAGGAACAUAAGCUUCAUCUGUCUUAUUCCCCUGCAGCAGAAGCCACUCCAGAUACUGGAAGGAGGGAUCUGUUGCUUCUUCUUGAAGGUUCCCAGGAAGCUAGUAAGAAAGCACAAGAAAAAGCCACUGAACGUUUAAGGUGUCUUGAAGAGGAUCUAGCUAAGGCCAGGGGCGAGAUCAUAUCUUUACGGUCAGAGCGUGACAAGUUGGCUCUUGAAUCUAAUUUUGCUAGAGAGAAACUUGAGAGUGUCAUGAAAGAAGCUGAGCAUGAGAGGGAUAAAAUCAAUGGUGUUCUGGCAAGAAAUGUGGAGUUCUCGCAGUUGAUUAUUGACUACCAAAAGAAGCUACGUGAAAGUUCUGAAUCUUUAAAUGCUGCUGAGGAGUGUUCUCGGAAAUUGACAAUGGAGGUGUCUAUAUUGAAGCAAGAAAAAGAGAUGUUAGCAAAUGCUGAAAAGAGAGCAUGUGAUGAAGUUCGCAGCUUGUCAGAGAGAGUUUAUCGUCUGCAGGCUAGUUUGGAUACCAUACAGAGUGCAGAGGAAGUUCGUGAGGAAACAAGAGCUUUGGAGAGAAGAAAGCAAGAGGAGUAUGUUAAAAAAAUAGAGAAAGAAUGGGCUGAAGCUAAGAAGCAGGUGCAAGAAGAGAGGGAUAAUGUUCGUACUCUCAUAUCUGACCGUGAGCAGACUCUGAAAAAUGCUAUGAAACAAGUUGAAGAAAUGGGAAAAGAACUGGCUAAUGCUUUGCAUGCUCAUGCUGCUGCUGAGGCGAGGGCUACCACUUCUGAGGCCAGACUCGCUGAUCUGGAGAAAAAUCUUAAAUCUUCUGAUGCUAAGAUUUUGGCACUAGAUGGUGGUACACCAUCCGCUUUUUCAACAAACGAGGAGACAGAACUGCCAAUGACAAAGGAAGAGAGAGAGAAACUAAAGGAGGAAGCAAAAGUUAACAGGGAUCACAUGCUACAGUAUAAGAACAUAGCACAGGCAAAUGAAGAUGCAUUGAAGCAAAUGGAACUGGCACAUGAAAAUUUCAAGAUUGAGGCGGAAAAGUUGAAGAAAUCUUUAGAAGCGGAGCUUGUUUCACUUAGAGAGAGGGUUUCUGAACUUGAGAAUGAAUCUUCUUUGAAAUCAGAGGAAGUAGCCUCUGCAACUGCAGGAAAGGAAGAGGCUCUCUCGUCUGUAUUAGCAGAAAUUUCAAGUUUAAAAGAGGAAACUGCAGUCAAAAGUUCUCAAAUUAUGGCAUUGGAGAUUCAAAUUUCUUCUAUGAAAGAAAACCUAGAGAAUGAACAUGAAAAGUGGCGUGCAGCUCAAGCCAAUUAUGAAAGACAGGUUAUUCUACAAUCAGAGACAAUUCAGGAGUUGACUAAAACUUCACAAGAGUUGGCUUUACUGCAAGAGGAAGCAUCUGAGUUGCGUAAACUGGCUGAUGCACACAAAAGUGAAAAUGCUGAACUUAAGGCUAGGUGGGAGAUGGAGAAAUCAGUUCUCGAGGAAUCAAGGAAAGAAGCUGAGAAAAAAUAUGAUGAACUUAAUGAACAGAACAAGAUAUUGCACAGCCGGAUUGAAGCUAUGCAUAUUCAGUAUGCUGAGAAAGAUCGUGGUUCUGCACUUGCUGAAAGUUCUGUUCCAGAUUCACAUGGUGAUUCUGGUUUGCAGAAUGUCAUUAAUUACCUCCGACGGACAAAACAAAUAGCGGAAACAGAGAUAUCUUUAUUGAAGCAGGAGAAGCUACGGUUGCAAUCACAACUUGAGAAUGCUCUUAAGGCAGAAGAAAGUGCCAAAGCCACACUUAAUGCUGAGCGUGCCAAUUCAAGAGCAGUGUUGAUGACAGAGGAUGAGAUCAAGUCUUUACAGCACCAGAUCAGGGAAAUGAAUUUACUCCGUGAAAGCAACAUGCAGCUUAGAGAGGAGAACAAGCACAAUUUUGAGGAAUGCCAGAAAUUACGUGAGGUGGUUCAUAAACAUAAGAUUGAAUCUGAAGCUCUAGAGAGCCAGCUGAUGGAGAGGCAAUUUGAGGUUGAAGCUUCUAAAAAGGAAAUUGAAAAGCAUCUGAGAGAGAGAGAGAUCUUGGAAAAGAGGGUCUCUGAGUUACUUGAGAGAUGUAGAAACAUUGAUGUGGAAGACUAUAAUCGUCUGAAAAAUGAUGUUCUACAGAAGGAGGAAAACUUGAAAGAGAAGGACGCUCAGAUUGAAGAGAUCACAAACCUUCUGUCUAAGAAGCAGGAUAUUAUAUCAAAAUUGGAACAAGAUCUUGCAAACAGCAAGUUGGAACUCAAUGAGAAGGAUAAGAAGUUAAACGAUAUUUUGCAGCAAGAGGCAAAUUUAAAGUCAGACAUUGAGAAGCAGAAGAAGCUUGUUGUUCAAUUUAAGAGGAGAGCUGAGAGUUUCGCAAAGGAAAAGGAGCAAUUGAGCAGAGAAAAUCAAGGUCAUUUGAAACUGGUGGAGGAAUUGAAACAAGGUAGAAGGUCCGGUAGUGAUAUUACUGGUGACCAGGUCAUGAAGGAAAAAGAGGAGAAAGACACUAGAAUACAGAUUCUGGAGAAAACUGUUGAGAGACAAAGAGAAGAGUUGAAGAAAGAGAAGGAUGAACAUCAGAAUGAGAAAGCAAAACGUAUCAAGUGUGAACGGACUAUUAUGGAAGCAGUCAGGAAAACUGAAAAGGGAAAGACAACCGUUUUAGGUGAGCUUGAGAAGUAUCAACUCUCGGUGAAGCGAAUCUCAGAAGAACUAGAAAAGCUCAAACAUGCUGAGGGAAAUCUUCCUCAGGGUACCUCAGUGGUUCAUCUUCUUUCUGGCACCAUCUCUGAUGAUCAUGCUUCAUCAUAUCUAUCUGCUGCAGAAGAUUUUGAGAAAGUAGCACGUUCAAUUCUAAAUGAGCUUGGAACUGGCUCCAUAUCUGGAGAUGUUCCUGCAGUUGACAAUUCUACACCAGUCUUAACAGUUUCAGGCACAGUAGUUUCGGAUCAGGGUCCCGUUAUUGCAUCCUCAACAGUUCCUGUAACAAGUCACCAGCAACUGGCCAAAACAUCUGAAGAUAGGAGAUCUAUUUUACCUAAAACCAAUACUGACACUCGUAAAACAGGGAGGAGGCUUGUUCGCCCACGUUUUGUCAAACCUGAAGAGCCACAGGGUGAUGUGGAGAUGUCAGAAGCUACAUCACACGAUGUUGAUGCUCAAGGAACUCUCACUUCACAAAACCAACAAUCAGUUCGCAAACGUCUGGCUUCUGCUACAUCUGAGUUGAGUGAGGAUUUGCCAGUUCCCGGGGAGACCAGCACGGAUGUGGUUGUACCUGCUCUUAAGAAAUCAAAGGGUCCAGAUUCUGGACAAGAGGCUGCUGAAGGUCAAUUUGCUGCACUCUCAGAAAAUGUUGGUUGUCCACAAGUAACAGACGAAGCUUAUGAUAAUGUUGGUGAUGUAACUCAAGGUUCAAAUGAGGAGCUUGUUGAUGUUGAGAAGGAAGAGGCUUACACAAUGGAGGAAAAUCUUGAAGAGUCAAAAGAACCCCAGGUAGAUGGCAUGAAUGAGGUUGGAUUGCAGGAAAAUAAGAACAAUAUAUCGGAUGAGAUCUUGGAUAAACCAAGUGGAAACGAGGUGGUAGCUGAUGAAGAUUCAAAGAAUCCAGCUGAGCAAGAUAAUCUACAGCCCGUGCUAGAAACUGAGAGUGAGAGAGAAGAAGGAGAGCUGGUCCCUGAGGUAGCAGCAGAUACUGAAGGAGGUAAUGAUGCGCACAAUGUGGUGGGAUCCUCCGAGUUUGGCGAUGGUCAGGCAGAGCUAGUUUCAUCUCCUCUGGCUUCACCUUCAGGGGUUGAUGAUGAAGCUCUAGUUACCACAGCAGAAGGUGAUAACUCUCCUGAUGCUGUAAAUGAUGAGAAGAAUGAGGAAGGUUAUAUAGGUGAAGAGACUGUUGCCGAAGGAUCUGAAAAGUUGAAUGAUGGUAAUGAGCAGAGUGUAGUGGAGACGGAUCCAAUGCCUGAAGCCGCUGCCGCUGCCGUUGCUACCUCUGGCACUAAUGAGAGUGGCACAACAAGUGGUACACCUGAGGGUGAGGUCUCAAAAAACGUAGGUAGUUCAAGCGGUGCAGCAGCAGCAGAAGCAGAGGAUGUGAAGCAGAUGUCUCCCAUAAGUGGGACUGGGAGCGGGAGUGGAGGUAGUGCAACCUCAACGCUGGUAAAUCUUCAAGAGAGAGCCAGAGAAAGAGCAAUGUUAAGACAGGCAGGAGUACUGGGUUCUACUACUUCAGGUAGAGGUCGUGGAAGGGUUGCAGUGCGUGCUCGAGGUGCUAGGGGGCGCAGUGCGCGUGGUGGACGAGCAGGUGGGGGACCACAAAAUUCUGAUCAACAGUGACCUAUAUUUGUUAUGCUGGAGACCGGAGAGGUAAGAAUAGAGAAGAUGAAAUGAGAUGAGAGGAUGUACUUUUUUUUUUUUUUCUCUAUGAAUCUUAUUAAAAAUAUUUUUGGGAAAGAAGUUAGGAGAUGAGAAGUUUUUAACAUAAUAUAUUUUAACGGACAUAAUAUUGAGCAGUGGGUGCUAAAUGAAGGAAUGAAUGAAUGACAAGCUUGGGCUGGCAAAUAUCUUUUGUCUAUAGCUCUUAUGCUAAUAAA